AUGGAACGUAAACCGUUAAGACCGACUAGCCUGAGUGUAUCCUCGACGACCACUGGUAGUCCUACUGAAGGGCUAUUGAAGGAAUCAGGGGACACUGGGAAGAGCGGUGGUAGUGAGAAGCGAGCGGAGAAGUUAUCGUUUUAUGUUGAUUCUGGACGUGUAGUUGAAGGUGAUGCUCGCUUUAGGAUAGGUAUAUUGCAUUUGUGCGGCCUUUAUGCUACUGAAACUAAUGCCGCUGGGGACAUCCUUUAUGAUGAGAUUAGUUUUGGUGGUGAAAUGCGGAAAUCAGUGCGGACUAAGUGUGGGUGUUUAUUGGAUUGCCCAGAGUGGCUGCCUGAGGAAUUGAGGAACUGUCCUAUGGAGAGCUUGUCUAUUUGCCCUAAUAGAACAUCGCUUCGCGAGCUGCUGACUAGGGAGGACCAGAUAAUAUCGCUUCCAUUUGGCGUCUUGCGGCUGAAGGGAAAUGCGAGGCCUUCCACUCCUGCAUCGAACGGACGCGGCAUGCUGCAAGAUUCAGUGGAGCGGCUUGUGGAAAUGCUGAGAAGAGUGCCGCACCCCGCGGGCUUUUUCGAGGCCAGCACAGGUAAUUCCAGUAUGGAGAGUAGGGAAGAGGUAUUACCACUCUCUGGGGUGCGGUCCAUUCUUCGAGAUCCCGCCCCGCCAAAUUUGGCGGAGUAUCACGCGAUAUUGUUAUUGAGUUCUGAGAACUGGAAGAUAGUCGUCGAUUGGGGUAUCAGAUUGGUUGACCAGGGAAAGAACGUAUUGGCGGUUCAUUUUAAGAAGGGGAGUGAAGCUCAGGCAGCUGAUGUUUAUAUGUCUGCGCGGAGGAGAGCCAAGGAGAUUAACCCUCUGGUCAAUUUUGAGAUGACCAUCCGUCCCCCAUGCCCUUACAUAGUGCCAAUCGCUGUUGAUCUAUCUAAGUAUUGCUCGCUACUGGUCAUGGGCGAUUCUGGCAGGAAGGAUACGCGUUAUAAGAAAAUGUUCGUAGUGGGUGUCGGCGCUCGAGAUCAAGAGGGAGCACUUCGGGCAUUGUCCAUGGCAUUUGUGUUAGCUAGGGCAGCUGGUGAUGGUAGAGGAGCUAAUGUAGUGAUUAUCUAUAUACCAGUUCAACCAUGGCAGUUUGGGCAGCAGGAGGAUAUUUUAUCGAUAGGAUACAAGAGCUCACAGCUGUUGCAGUCGGUACAGGAUACAGUACAGAGGUUGGAGACACAGCAUCCUGGGGUUAAGGUUACGCUUAAAAUGGGUAACCCAACUGAUAGGAUGCAUGUACAGGACGAGUUGCUGUCCACGGCUGAGAGAAAUGGCAUAAUACUCAAGCCUACAAGCCCUCCCACUUCACCAACUCUCAAUGGGAAUCCGCUAUCACCAUCACAAUCCCCACCGAUCCUUGUAGUGGGAGGUGGCCAUAACUCGGAUUGUGGAGAGCUGGGUUCGGUCACCAGUCAGUUCGUGGACAAAGGGGUGAGUAGAUUGGUCGAAAAUGUUGGCACUAGGGCAGACGAGGAGGAAGACUCAAGUGGUCAACGAAUGACGGGUAGACAAAACUACUUGAGAGAGUUGGCAGGGCUAGGUCUUACAAAUCGUCAAAUAAAGGUGAAGGUGAGAGCGAGGGAGAGGUGGAUGCAAAGGAGGAAAGACAAAAAAAGAAUGAAAGAGGAGGGAGUAGAAGAUGACCAGGAUAAUGAAGAGAAGAGUAUGGGAACUAUUAUAAACGAAAUCAAGGAAAUAGAUGAGAUGCCUCGUUUAAAAAGAAAUCUAGGCACAAGGUGGGACACCUAUCAUCAAUCGGAUCAUGGACUCCGAUUAUUGUACGUGAAAAUUAAACCUUGUAGAACUGAGCGCAAUGUAGGCAAAGAUAGAACUUGGGAAAAGAUGCGGUUGCGAAACGAAAUGAUUAAAAAAAUUGAUCAAGGGCUAGAUCAAGUGAGACACCUUGCUGAACUCAGGAAACAGGUGAAGGCUUUACUAAAAUUCGACAAGAAAAAAUGGUUAGCUGAACAGGCCGAGAAAGCAGAGGCAGCAGCCAGAACUAGGGGACGGGGACAUAAGGGUGUAGACCUAACAGGGAUGGACCUCGGUAGCUUUGUCGGGCAUUUCAGUAAAUUGUUGGGAGAACAAGAGGAAAGAACGAUAGAGGAAUAUGAAACAAGAAGGGCGUACUGCAUUGCGAGGGAAAUGUCUGAACUAAAAGCGCAAGCAUGGGAUGUAAAUUUGGCCGCUCCAAGUGAUGAAGAGAUCGAGAAAACAUGCAAGAGAAUGAAGAACGGAAAAGCAAUGGAGAGAAUUAAAGAAUUUGCUGGGGAGAGACUACUGAAAUAUCAGUUUGGUUUUAGAUCUGGUAAGAGCUGUAGGGAUCCUGUUAGAUUGCUAUGGAAAAAGUGGGAGUGCACUCAUAAGAUUGCCUCGGUGUUCGUGGAUUUCCAAAAAGCUUUCGAUUCCUUAACAUGGGAAUCGUCGUGGAGGAUACUGGAAUCCACUGGAAUGCCUAGAAGACCAUUGUAUGAGGGCGGCAGUGAAAGCAUGGCUCUGAAAUCGCAUUCCAGAGCAGGCAGGUGCCGGAGUCACACAGACCUUACAAUUGAAAAACAAAUACCUGUUCAACCAUGGCAGUUUGGACAGCAGGAGGAUAUUUUAUCGAUAGGAUACAAGAGCUCACAGCUGUUGCAGUCGGUACAGGACACAGUACAGAGGUUGGAGACACAGCACCCUGGGGUUAAGGUUACCCUUAAAAUGGGUAACCCAACUGAUAGGAUGCAUGUACAGGACGAGUUGCUGUCCACGGCUGAGAGAAAUGGCAAUAAAGCUCUCGAUGAGGGGGAAGGGUUAUGA